GAUUAUCUCCGUGGACAAAACUUUCAGUAUUCUCGAUGUUUUACACCAUGAACUGUAGCCUUUGUUUUUGCAGCGUAUUCUAGGAGUUAAUUGUCAAAUGUAUCUUUUAUUCUGUUUUAUUAGGCAGUCUGAAUAAAAGCAAAACAUGUUAACGUACACAUGACAGCAUAUAUUUGUUUGUAAGUGAUUAAACGCCAUUUCCUUACAUGUUUCGAUGACUCGCGUGCUUCAUGGACAUACCUGCGCACACAUGUCGAGGGGCGUUCCCGGCAGACCAAUCAGAACCCUGCAAGCAAAAACCACACAGAACGGACGAAAUGCGAAGGAAGCCGACGUCUGAACAUUAUUAUUGCACAAGCAAAAGCACAUAAAAAAAGCAAACACACCGUCUCCAAUAUACUGAAGUUUUGCAAUUAGCAAGUUUUUUCUUUUUCAACAGUUUUGGUGACACAGCAUAUUUUUCUUCAAUGUUCGAUUCACUUGAAAUAACUUUUAAAUAUGGAAAAUAAAAUGUACAUGAUUGACGAAAUGCAAUGAAACGGAAUAAGCCCUCUUUAAGGGGGCGGGUGCACCUAAGCGUGACUCAGCGGAAGCCGCCCCACGGUGAUCGUGGGCCGUUCUACCUGACCGGCUUUGGAAAUGAGUUCUCCUCUGAGGAUCCACGCUGCCCCGGAGCCCUUCCGGAAGGACAGAACAAUCCACAGGUGUGCCCGUACAACCUGUACGCUGAGCAGCUGUCUGGCUCCGCCUUCACAUGCCCGCGCUCGGCCAACAAGCGCAGCUGGCUGUACCGCAUCAUUCCCUCCGUGCGGCACAAGCCCUUCACCGUAAUGCAUCAUGGGAGCCUGACCGACAACUGGAAUGAAGUGGAACCAGAUCCCAACCAGCUGCGGUGGUUGCCAUUCACCAUCCCCAAGGUUGCGGAGAAGAAGGUUGACUUUGUGAUGGGACUGAACACUGUCUGUGGGGCGGGGGAUUCCAGAGCCCGCAACGGGAUCGCCAUCCAUGUGUACACCUGCAACACAUCCAUGAUUGACAGAUCCUUUUAUAACUCAGAUGGAGAUUUUCUCAUUGUCCCACAGCAGGGAAAGAUCUUUGUCACCACAGAAUUUGGCAAGAUGAUUGUGGAACCCAAUGAGAUCUGUGUGAUCCAGCAAGGGAUGCACUUCAGUGUGGAGGUCUUCGGAGAGACCCGGGGCUAUGUGCUGGAGGUGUAUGGAGCCCAUUUCGAGCUGCCUGACUUGGGGCCCAUUGGUGCCAACGGAUUAGCCAAUCCUAGGGACUUCCUGGUUCCUGUGGCCUGGUAUGAGGAUUACACGGUUGCCGGGGGAUACACCAUCAUCAGCAAGUACCAGGGAAAGCUGUUCUCUGCACUGCAGGACCAUUCCCCCUUCAACGUGGUGGCCUGGCACGGCAACUACACGCCCUACAAGUACAACCUGGAGAACUUCAUGGUCAUCAACUGUGUGGCUUUCGACCAUGCGGAUCCCUCCAUCUUCACUGUGCUGACGGCUAAGUCUGUGCGCCCCGGAGUUGCCAUUGCUGACUUUGUCAUCUUUCCCCCACGGUGGGGCAUAGCUGAUCACACCUUCCGACCCCCGUACUACCACAGGAACUGCAUGAGUGAGUUCAUGGGCCUCAUCAAGGGGCAUUAUGAGGCCAAGGAAGGGGGCUUCCUGCCUGGAGGGGGCAGUCUCCACAGCAUAAUGACACCGCAUGGGCCAGACGCUGACUGCUUCGAGAAGAACAGCAAGGCGGCGUUGAAGCCUGAGAGGGUAGCUGAGGGGACUAUGGCCUUCAUGUUCGAGUCCUCCUUCAGCAUGGCUGUCACCCGCUGGGGGAUGGACACCUGUCGGCGCCUUGACAAGGAUUAUUACAGAUGCUGGGAGCCACUGCGGAGUCACUUCGACCCCCACUGGACACCCAGUAGCCAGAAGGCCAAGGCAGGGCCUGGGGGGUGUCCAAGAGCCGCUGCGAGGGAAUGAUGGUCCCUGAACAUAGGAAUUGAACCGGAAACACAGCAUUAUAAACCAAAGCGCUUACAGGCAUGAGAACUGGACCAAGGACACAGGGACCAAGGAGGCUCUCAACAUGUGUACAUGUAUAAUGGGGGUGAAUUACAUGUGUGUGAGACACUCUGACACAUGGGGGCCUUAUCACGCCUCAUUAGACAGCAAUCAGGAAAAUCAGUGUCCCUCUUUUAAACAAUCAGUGUCUGUUCUUCGUAAUACGUCAAGCUUUUGACUUAACCGACACAAUACAUAAAUAAAACCACAGUGUGUGCU